GGAAAAGGCCCGAGAAAGGAGGUUUAAGGUUAUUUAUAAGAGAAGAAUCGUAAUUAAUUCUUUAGAUGGAGCAUCCAUGAGAUAUGGGUUUUAUUUAUUUCUUCAUUUAUUGAUUUCUCACUGGUCUUUAUAAAUUAAUUUAAUUUAUGUUCUACUGUUAUGCUAGAAAAUGGAAAGGACAGUUUCACAUGGGAAAGACUGAACAGAGAAGAAGAGUACUCUUCCUUUUGUCACCUUCAAUCUUCUUAUUUUCAUCCAUUAGCAUAGCCAAUAAAUUAACAUUAACCCAUCAAUACCUUCCAUCACAGGGAAAGAAGUUUUUCCCUCUUCUUUUCUCUUCUUGUUCCUCUAGUCCCAUAGAAGGUAGAUAAUUUUCUUGAAAUUGCCUUCGUUGGUAACAGGAUUUCCUUUUCUUUGUUUACAAUGAGGAGUUUAGCAACUUGUUAUAGUGAACAUGCUAUUAAAGUAUCAGAUUCAUAUUGUUCAGGUCCUUCUUCAAAUCAAUCCUAUCUCUCUCCUAAUCAAACACCUUCAAUUCCUGAUGCAGUUACUUGUAUUUAUAAAGUCAAACUCUCAUCACCAUCUGGAAAAACCCUUUUUAUCAAUCUUACAUGGUGCAAAGAACUGUUAACUCAAGGCCUUAUUACCAUCUAUGUCAGUGAUACCAUUUCUUGCCCCUCUUCCAGAAACAAUAAUGCCAAUUCCCAUUUUCUUGGAAAAGUUAAAGGGUCCGCAACCUUCCAGUCCUGCAAUUCAAAGAUUGAAGUUUAUUGGGAUCUUUCUUCUGCUUAUUAUGACACUGGUCCUGAGCCAAUUAGCGGGUUUUACGUUGUCGUUUUGGUGGAUUCAGAAUUAGGCCUAGUUCUUGGAGAAAUGGAGGAUGAAGAAGAAACUAGUGAUGAUCAUGAAUGGUUUAAAAGAAAAUCAUUGGCGAUGAAAUCUUCAUUAGUUUCGCGAAGUGAGCAUUUCUCAGGAAAUGCAAUAUAUUCAACGAAGGCACAGUUUUCUGAUUCUGGUAUGGCUCAUGAUAUAUUGAUCAAGUGUAGUGGAGAUCAUGAAGGUGGAUCAAGGAAUCCUCCUGUAUUGUCUGUGUGCAUUGAUAACAAGACAAUUUUUCAAGUGAAGAGAUUGAAAUGGAAUUUUAGGGGGAACCAGACAAUUUUCUUGGAUGGAUUACUGGUAGAUAUGAUGUGGGAUUUGCAUGAUUGGUUCUUUAAAGAAUCAUCAUCUGGUUCUGCUGUUUUUAUGUUCAGGACAAGAAGUGGAUUAGAUAGCAGGUUAUGGCUAGAGGAGAAGAAUUUGGGGCAGAAAGGACAAGAUAAAGCAGAGUUCUCCUUAUUGAUUUGUGCCUGUAAGAAUCCUGGGUGAUUCUUCAUUUUCCUUCCUGUUUUCUUUAUGUAUUUGCCUUCCUUUUUUUUUUUUCUUUUCUUUUCUUUCUUUGGAAAGGCAAAAACUUCCCUUUAAGAUGUGAAUUGUUUUCUUUCUUCUUCCCAAAUUUCUUUCUUAUCUACACAGAAUCUCAAAUCUCAAAAUUCACAGAGGAUUCAUCUUCUAAUUAUAGGAAAAUAUGAUUUGACUUUGGAGCAGGAUUUGAGUUACUAAGAUGUUGAUAUUUAAUUGUACAUGAUAAUUUUAUAUGAUUUUUUUUUUCUUUUAAUCGAUCAAGUGUGAUACGAGAAUAAGAGUUUAUAUUCAUUCAUAUUAUAUUUUAUAAUAUGAAACAGAUA